AUGGCUCCAUCGCGCACUGAGUCCAUCACCAACGGCCUGCCCGACAAGUCCACGUUAAAAAUCAUAGCCCUCGCCUCUCCGGCGGAUGGCCAUACCUAUCCCAUUCUACGCAUCGUCGAGGAGCUGGUUCUCCGCGGCUACGAUGUGACCUUCCUCGCCGGCGAUGACUUCAAAGACCGCGCCGCCGCCGCGGGAGCCCACCACGUCACCGUCCCGCCUUACAACAACAUACCGGGCAUCAUCGCCGAGCUCACCGCCAUCACGGACAAUAGUGAGCGGGUUGCCAGGGCCAUGAUGAGGCUCUUCAUCGAGCCCACCGCGGACCGCAUGACCGUGUUGUACCCGGCCCUCGAGCGCGUCAAGCGGGAGAACCCGUCGCACAAGAUCGUGCUCCUCACCGAGUCGUUCUUCCUCGGCGAUCAUCCACUAUAUUUCGGUGCGCCGCUGCCGGAGGGUUUCACGACGCGGCCGCGCGCUGUCAACAUCAACGCCUGCUGCUACGGGCUGAGCAGCGUCGACACCGCGCCCUUUGGCCUGACCGUCGUGCCGGACGGUACGACGGAGAGUCGUGCCAUCUACAAGCAAAUGUACUCGGACUUGCUGUCCGGGCCGCUCAGCGCUGCCAUGACGCUCCAAAAGAAGACCUUCACCGACCUUGGUGCGGAGGACCUCGAACAUGUCCAAGGGCGCCAUCCGCUGGACGUCAUCACCACCGCGGCCGACGUCACGCUGCAAAUGUGCCCGCCGAGUCUUGAGUAUCAACGCUCCGACGUCCACCCCAAGGUCCGUUUUGUAGGUGCUCUACCGCCUCGCCUCUCCAAGCAAAGCUUCACUGCACCGCCCUUUUGGGAUGCCGUCACCCAGGGCGACAAGCCGGUGGUGGUCGUGUCGCAGGGCACGGUGGCGGUGCACUACGACCAGCUCCUCGUUCCUACCAUGCAUGCGCUCGCGGACAGGGACGAUCUCGUAGUCGUCGCCAUCUUGGGAAGCAGAGGUGCCAAGCUGUACGACGAAGUCGCCGUGCCCUCCAACUGCCACGUCGUGGACUACCUCUCGUACGACAGGCUGCUGCCCUACGCUUCCGUGUUCAUCGUGAAUGCCGGCUACGGAGGCUUCAUGCAUGGCGUUGUGAACGGCGUGCCGAUGGUGCUGGCGGGCGCGAGCGAGGACAAGCCCGAGGUGGCGAACCGCGCCGAGUUUGCGGGCGUGGGAAUCAAUCUGAGGACAGGAACGCCGUCGCAGACUCAGAUUCGGGAUGCAGUGGAUGAGGUUCUGUCAAACUCAAGGUACGCGAAGCGUGUGAAGGAAGUCCAGGUAGAGAAUGAGAAGAUGAGAGCGAUGGACUCGGUUGAGGAAGAAAUUCUCAGAUGGGCAGCCAUGGACUGA